CUGCGUUAGAAAUGUUUCUCACUCUUCUAGUUAAAGAAUGGAAACCGGCAAGAUUGUGACAAGAUUACUAUGGCUUCGCGACGUGCAAUGAAGCGCGGAUUCUACUAGGGUGAUUCCCUGCAAGAAAUAAGAGCAAGAAUAGUCAUCAUAAAUCAAAGAGACUUCUUGCACCAAGAAAGCAAGAUCUUGUGACAUUUCUUGCGCAAGAUCUUGGGCAAGAAAGCCCUCGCAAGAAAGUCGACUAGGGUAUUUACAAUGUAAUACAUAAAUCAAUUAGAUUCAAACCAUAUAAUAUACAAUUUGUACGAACAUGGAAAUAUCAGGAGUUAGUUAGAUCUAUGCUAUAUGAUCUCUUCAAAAAACAACAAAAAAGAUUAAGGAAAUUAAAUUUAGAUAUGUUAGAUUGCCAAUUAAGAAUACAAAACGCUGUUAAUUAACGCUGUUAACUUGAAUUGAGAUUGAAUCAUAUAUUAAUACAUUAAUUCAUAAAGAAAAAAAAAUUAUAGCUGUACGUACGUCAUAAUAAACAAUAUUUAGCAUUAAACAUCCUGUUAAUCAAGGUGAAUUUAAUAAUAAAUUUGUUUAUAAUUAUUCAUAUCGGGCUUUAUCAUUAGCUGAAGAAAAUCUUUUAGCAAAAGGUUGGAAAUAUGCGAUUAAUCUUAAUAAAUUUAAUAAUUUGAAUAUUAAAGCAGAUACUGAAUAUAUGUAUCAUUGUAUGGGAAAAAACUCAUUACUGAAAAACUCGGAUAAAGCUAAUAGAGUUAAAAUAUUAUUAAAUGAUUUUGGUGAUAAAUUGAAGAAGAAAGUUGAUAAGGAGAUUCCAAACUUAAAUUCAGAAGAAUUAAAUGCUAUUUCCACACUAUUAAAAGAACAUUCAUUAGUGAAUUCAAAAGUGGAUAAAGGGAAUGCCAUUGUCGUUACGAAUAAAUCUGCUGGUUUUAAACUUGCUCGAUUAUUUGUUGAUACUUGCUGCUUCGAAAAGAUUAAAUUAAAUUCAUCAACAAACAUUGAAAUUCAGUUGCUAUUAUAUGCUUAUACUGAAUUCGGAAGUCAAUUUCGGCGCACUGAUAAUUUCGGCGCUCGCAGUAUUACUACAGCUUUUUCAUUAUCGGCUGCUGUAUUAAUUUCUCAAAAUCGUUUUGCUGUAUUAUUUGAUUUAUUUAAAAUUUCAACUGGAACAUUUGUAGUGCAAUGA